GGAAAACAAAUCAGUCAGAAUAAUUUCUUAGGCACUGCUGAUAGUAAAAAAUGACGCGGCAUUUCAUGUCGCUGCUACUUUCGCUUGGUGUGUUACUCACACUUAUUCUGCAUGUUCAAGCUUCACAACUUGAGUUCAGAAAAGUGAACGAGGAAAUAUCCGCUGUCGUCUUGUCUCCUAAGUUUGUACUAGGACCAGGAUCUGUGAAUUUCAAAUAUUACUUUAAUGUCGAUUUUCCAAGAGGUCAUAUUGCUAUUAAGGGUUUCAGCGCUGAAGUAGUUGACGAGUCUGGAAAUUCUGUUCCUUUAUAUGAAACUUAUCUUCACCACUGGGUAGCAGUGAGAUACUAUGCUCUCAAGGAUGCAGAAAUUCCCGAGGAAAAUGAUUCUGGCCAGCUUCCUCUCAUUAUCGUGAAAAACAGCGGUGUGUGUAAUAAUAUCGGCCAGUACUUCGGACCUCCGUCAGAAUCACGCAAAAACACGUUACAUGUGCCAGAUCCUUACGGGAUAGAGGUUGGUAAUCCUGCGGAGAUCCCAGACGGGUACGAGGAGAGAUGGUUACUUAAUGUACACGCAAUUGAUACACGCGGUGUGGAGGAUCGGCUAGGAUGCACAGAGUGCAGGUGUAAUCUGUUUAAUGUUACAAAGGAUGAGUACGGCCGACCACUGCCGCCGGGUUACGCUGGGGGUCUGCAGUGCUGCUAUGAUGAGACCACGUGCAGGUUAAGAGAAGGCUUCACAAGCAACAAGAGAGGGUUCUACCUGAGAUAUACUGUGAAGUGGGUGAACUGGGAAGAGAGCAUUUUUCCUGUUAGGAUUUACAUUUUUGAUAUCACCUACACGGCGAUCAAAGGGAACAAUUCAGAAGCAGUCUGUAAGGUAGAAUAUGAAAUCGAGGCGUGUAAUAGUACCGGUGUAGAUAGAAAUGUUAUCUGCGUAGAAAACAAGAAGACAAGCGUGGUUCUCCCCAAAGGUGGUUAUCUUAUCUGUGGUGUUGCUCAUCAGCAUUUUGGUGGAAUUGGUUCAGCUCUUUAUGGAGAUGUAAGAAAACUGAAAGUUUUAAACUCUUCGUUUAUAGCCAAAUGCCGGCCUAUCAUAUGUAGGGGCGAAAUAUCGCACAAAGCUAAAUUACAACCUCGCCCUGGUUAAGACGAUCGUUAAUACGAAGAAGAGAGAAAUUAAGCGAAGACUAAUUAUGCGACAAAGAGAAAGAAGCACGAAGAACAACCGUACGACAGGCACAACACGAUAUCACUCGAGAAGAGCGCGAAGCAACAACGCGAAAGACAACGACAUCUCCCCAAAGCCUGGCGAAUACGACAGAAUGAACAGAAAUCAAUCAGCAGAGAUUUUGCACGUGAACCCGGUUGUCUUCUACCAUGGUAUUUUCCUAUAUAAGGAUUCAGAUAGUGAAGAGAGAGGCAAGUUGAAGAAGAAUUCAGUCAAGCAACAGAGCUAAACCCUUCCUAGAAGAGAGAAAAGGAGUCAUUAGAGUUUCACUUAUUUCUUAUCAUUUCCAUUGUUAUGUGUUUGAAUCUUUGUAAUAUUUGUAAGAACACCAUACUUUCAAUACAAGAGCUCAUUUGAAGAUCAU